ACAAUCAAACCAAGUGUUUCUCAGAGGUCUUAAUGAUGAAGUGUUAACAGACUACCUGCCAUCAAAAAUAAAGUCAUUUAAAAUAUAUUAACCAAUAAGGCAGAGGACGGACGACAUGAUGUCAGAAGUGUAUUGUAGAUUAGCUGCAGUGCAUGGAUGUUCCACCAGGUGGAGCCUCUUAGUGUUGAGUGAUAGGGAGUUACAGGUGUUUGCUGAUUCAUUGAAUGAGUGCUGCUCCUGGUAAUGUGUUAAUUUACAGGUUGUGGUCUACAGGUUGCAGGUAUGAAGCUGGUAAACAGUGAUGACGGCUCCAUGGACUCCUGGAACAACAGCAGUGAGACAGGAGCUCUGAUCUUCUCCCCCUCUGAGUUCUUCAGCCUGUGUGCUGCUGAGGAUCUGAAGCUGCAUCGUCCAGCUCUCACCUCCACCCCCAUCUGUUGCCUCAAACACCUGAACAGCACCCACCUGGAUGACAACCUGCACUGCAGCCUCAGCUCCCAGUAGGUCCAGUACCACUGCAGCCUCAGCUCCCAGUAGGUCCAGUACCACUGCAGCCUCAGCUCCCAGUAGGUCCAGUACCACUGCAGCCUCAGCUCCCAGUAGGUCCAGUAACACUGCAGCUCCCAGUAGGUCCAGUACCACUGCAACCUCAGCUCCCCGUAGGUCCAGUAACACUGCAGCUCCCAGUAGGUCCAGUACCGCUGCAGCCUCAGCUCCCAGUAGGUCCAGUACCACUGCAGCGUCAGCUCCCAGUAGGUCCAGUACCACUGCAGCCUCAGCUCCCAGUAGGUCCAAUAACACUGCAGCCUCAGCUGUCCGUAGGUCCAGUAGCACUGCAGCUCCCAGUAGGUCCAGUAGCACUGCAGCUCCCAGUAGGUCCAGUAACACUGCAGCUCCCCGUAGGUCCAGUACCACUGCAGCCUCAGCUCCCUGUAGGUCCAGUAACACUGCAGCUCCCAGUAGGUCCAGUAGCACUGCAGCUCCCCGUAGGUCCAGUAACACUGCAGCUCCCCGUGGGUCCAGUAACACUGCAGCUCCCAGUAGGUCCAGUAACACUGCAGCUCCCCGUAGGUCCAGUACCACUGCAGCCUCAGCUCCCUGUAGGUCCAGUAACACUGCAGCUCCCAGUAGGUCCAGUAGCACUGCAGCUCCCUGUAGGUCCAGUGACACUGCAGCUCCCCGUGGGUCCAGUAACACUGCAGCUCCCCGUAGGUCCAGUAACACUGCAGCUCCCAGUAGGUCCAGUAACACUGCAGCUCCCAGUAGGUCCAGUAACACUGCAGCUCCCAGUAGGUCCAGUAACACUGCAGCUCCCAGUAAGUUUUCUGAGCAGAUCAUCUGUGGAUUCUAUGUUCUCCCUAUGUUCCUCCUACAGUCAGUUGUUUGUUUUGGUCAGAACCGGUUGUAGCAGAUUGAAGGUCCAUUUCUUACCUGAUACCAGAAUCUUCUAGAGCGGUUCACUCUGGUGAAAUCAGUUUGUAAUAUUUUCAUAUUGCAGUUCUGGUAAUAGAGCUUCUGGAUGUGAAACAGAGACAGUUCUACCAUGUCAUUUAGCAGACACUUUUAUCUGAGAGUAGAUGUACAUGUUUACAUGUUUUAUUGGCUGGAAUCAAAUGUGUGUUAAAUGAUCCUUCCAUGGUCUCUAGUAGGUUUGACCAACCACCUACCAACAUGUUGAUGUUAGCCUUAAAGUUCACCCCCAAUGACCUUCUAAGGUUUUCUCGGGUGGAUUA